CCGGUUCGCGUGGCGGGCGGAAGAGGCAGUUUCUGCUGAAAGGGUGCAGGGAGGGACAAGUGGGUUAGGCAGCUGUGGCCUCUGGGGAUUCCCCAGACUGGUCCUGGGAGGGCGGUAGGAGGAGCCCCUUGUCCCUGCUCAGCCCCAGACGGCGGAGGCGUUUGCUUCCUGGAAGCAUUUUUCUCCCCGGCCCCCUCCCCGCGGGGUUUAACAAGUGAAAGUUGGUCUCUUUCGCGUUCCAGAGCAGUUUUUCUCUGCGGUCUCUGAGCGGAGCCGUCCGUCAGUCUGAACCGGGCCGCUUUCCGUUUUUCCUUGGCUCUCAGUAGGCGGUCCUAAUUCAAGGUUAAUUGAUAAGAAUUUGCCCCAGAGGGUUGGGGACCUCGUGUGAGAAACUGAGCCUUGGAAGUCCUGGGUGGUGUCUGACCCAAGGGAGGGAAUAGUCCACUGGGGCUUCGUUCAGUUUAGAAAGCGCGUACCAGGGAUCUGCUCAAGUUUGGAAACACAUUUUUAGAGGACCAUUUAUUUAUAAAUAGUUUGUCAAGAGAAAGGUGGUCUGGUGAGUGAGGUACUUGGAAGCCUCUGUUAUAUAAGGAGCAACUGAAAGAACUGUGAAGAAAAGAGUUAAGAAGCAAGAUACUUGUUUUCAGGUAUUGGAAGGCUGCUACGGAAAAAGUUUCACGUGUAGCUUUAAAGAACCAGAAACCCAAGGGAACCAGUAUUCCUGCUGCACAGAGCCCCAUUUUAGCGACACUGUUUUCCGGAGUACCUUUAUGAUGACCAAGGUACUGGGCAUGGCCUCAGUUCGGGGCCCUAGGCCUCCACGGGAGCAGGGGCCCAUGAUUGUGAAGGUCGAGGAGGAGGAGGAGAAAGGAAAGCGCCUUCCCAGCCUGGAGAUGUUCCGUCAGCGCUUCAGGCAGUUUGGGUACCAUGACACCCCUGGCCCCCGGGAGGCCCUCAGCCAGCUCCGGGUGCUCUGCUGUGAGUGGCUGCGGCCCGAAAUUCACACCAAGGAGCAGAUCCUGGAGCUGCUGGUGCUGGAGCAGUUCCUGACCAUCCUGCCCCAGGAGCUCCAGGCCUGGGUGCAGGAGCACUGCCCUGAGAGUGCUGAAGAGGCCGUCACUCUCCUGGAAGAUCUGGAGCGAGAGCUGGAUGAGCCAGCACUGCAGGCCUCACUGCCUCCAAGUAAACAGAGACAGUCGUGGGAGGAGAUGUCAUCCUCAGAAACUGCAGAGGAGUCCCUGAGGAGCCCGCAGCCACAGUCUGUGGAGACCAGUCACAAAUAUGAGUCGUGGGGGCCCCUCUACAUCCAAGAGACUGGUGAAGAGGAGGAGUUCACUCCAGAGCUGAGAAAGAUUCAAGAUCGUAAGUCGAACACCCAGGAUGAGGAAUCAACAGAUAAGCAGGAAAAUUCUGAAGAGCUUCAUACAGAAGGAUUCAGAAGGGAUACUGUUCCCAUAAUUAUUGCCAAUAAGUGUGAGGCCAGGUUAGAAAGGCAGUGGGUUAACCUGGAAAAGGAAAGAGGAACAAAAACCUCUCUCCAAGACAAAGGUUCCCCAAAAGGUAGAGAAGUAAUGACUAAGCCUGCCCCAGGAGAGAGACGUUACAUCUGUGCUGAGUGUGGGAAAGCCUUUAGUAAUAGCUCAAAUCUCACUAAACACCGGAGAACACACACUGGGGAGAAACCAUACGUGUGCACCAAAUGUGGGAAAGCUUUCAGCCACAGCUCCAACCUGACCCUUCACUACAGAACACACUUGGUGGACCGGCCCUAUGACUGCAAGUGUGGAAAAGCCUUCGGUCAGAGCUCAGACCUCCUUAAGCAUCAGCGAAUGCACACUGAGGAGGCCCCUUACCAGUGUAAAGAUUGUGGUAAAGCCUUCAGUGGGAAAGGCAGCCUCAUUCGACACUAUCGAAUACACACCGGGGAGAAGCCAUAUCAGUGUAACGAGUGUGGGAAGAGCUUUAGUCAGCACGCAGGUCUUAGUUCUCACCAGAGACUCCACACUGGAGAGAAGCCGUAUAAAUGUAAGGAGUGUGGGAAAGCCUUCAACCACAGCUCAAAUUUUAAUAAACACCAUAGAAUCCAUACUGGGGAAAAGCCCUAUUGGUGUAAUAAUUGUGGGAAAACCUUCUGUAGUAAGUCCAAUCUUUCCAAACACCAGAGAGUCCACACUGCAGAGGGAGAAGGGCCUUAACUGUCAGGUAUGCUCUCCUGAUGGUUUUUGUUUCUUUUAACUUUAGAACAUGAAUGCUAGGGAGAAAGCCCAGUAAUUGCAGUGUAAACUCCGGGGUAGAUUUUGUUUCACUCAGCGUCAGGGGGGUAGAGUGAGAGCUCAGGCAGGGACAUGGCGCGUUCAUCACCUGCCCGCUUGCCGGGGCAGGGUCCCCUCACCACACUUUGCGUCCCAUAAACCAUGCCGGCAUUGCCUUUUGUAUAGUUAAACUGCUGUGUAUCCAGUAUAAUUAAGGAGGAAACAUUAAAACUGUUUAACUCUUUUAACAUAUGUUCGAGUUAUGAUUUGUAAAGAAAUGAGCCACGUUGAACACAAUUUAAUCUGAUUCAGAAUAAACUUAUAACAUCUU